AUGGUCCAGAAAAAUAAAAUUCCAGAGACAUCAAUUUCGUCAAAUUCUUCAACUUUUCUCGAGGACACGAUUUGUCCAUAUCCGGAAGAGUCGAAAAACUCAACAGAAGAAUACAUCAUGGAGGAAGAACGGCGAGUGCGAUACGCUUGGGAUGAAAAGGCAAAGGGCCAGAUUCUCGGUUCUUACUUCAUUGGAUAUACAGUCACUCAGAUUCCAGGCGCUUGGGCGGGCAGAAAAUACGGACAUAUCAAGAUUCUGACAAUGUCUUUCUUUGGAGCGGGAUUGUUGACUUCGCUUCUGCCAUAUGUCAUGCUUCAGCUCCGAGAUUCCGCUGCUGUCAAAUUUUUCAUCUUCAUGCGAGUCUUGAUUGGCUUCUUACAAGGCUGCUGCUACCCGACCUUCAUGGCUCUCUGGGGGAGCUGGGCACCAUCUAGCGAGUUGAGCCGUCUGGUCUCGAUUCAAUUCGCCGGCGCUGGAAUCGGAAUUGCUGUGAUGUACCCAAUCAAUGGCUGCCAAAAAUCAGCCGAUCACAAUUCAAUCUCAAAAGAAGAGCUCACCCUCAUCCUCUCAGACAAAAAAGAAUUAACCAACGAACGGCUGGUUAUUCCAUGGAAAAGCAUUUUGACGAGCAUUCCAGUUUGGGCAAUCGUGAUUGCUCACACCGCCGGAAAUUUUGGCAGUUACGUUAUGACAAGCUACAUGCCGAGUUAUUUGGAUGAACAGCUUCAUUACAAUAUCAAAUCUGCAGCGAUUUUCUCCGCAAUACCAGCGCUAAUUAAACCAGCUAUGACGAUGAUUUCUGGUGUUUUGUCCGAUUUCCUCGUUGGUCACAUGCAAAUGAAGACCAUCACUGUUCGUAAAAUCAUGUCGACUUGUGGCCUCUGCAUUGCUGGAAUCUCGAUUGCUCUUGCCGGCCAUGUCGGUUGUAAUGCACCGGUGAUCGUUUUUCUUCUUUCGAUUUCGCUGUCAUUUGAUGGAGUUACGACAAGUGGGUUCAAGGCAAAUCAUGUGGAAAUUGCUCCGGGUCUUUCGGGAAUUACGUAUGCCAUGGCAAAUACCUUUGGAUCACUACCAGGCUUCAUCGGGCCAGCAGUGACGGGACUCUUAUUGAGCCUGUUUUCGGGAAUAACAGGAUGGUUCAUUGUUUUCUGGCUUACAGCGAUCGUCUACUUCGUCGGAGCCGCGGCAUUUCUGAUUUUCGGCACUUCUGAGGCGCAAAAAUGGGCGAAAAAUCAAGAUGACAAGUGA